CCUUUCAAAGAUGGCCGCCCUGUUGUUUUGAUGAAUAAUACUUGGUGGGGCGAGGGGUAAGAGUAGGGGUGGAGGGGUAGGCGGAUUUACUCUACCAGCGAAAGCAUCGCGAGUCCGGUCCUCCCCCUCCCCCCUGCCCAAGCUCCGCCGUGGAGGAGGGGCGUGGCCGGCCUGCUUUGGGAGGGGAGGAGCUUCCCUCCUCAGUGCUGGGCUCUGCCUGGGCGGCUGUGGGGUCGCCUUACCUCGGGGCACCCACUCUGCAGUUGAACACUUCCCGCCAGGGUCAAAGGGUAGGAAGGAGAGCAGGAUCUGCUGAGGAAGCACAGCUGCCGCGCCACCACCACGAAGACCCAGCAGGCUCCGGGCACGAGGAGAGCUGGAGACCGAGCUCCUUAGUCUGGGUAACCUGGAAAGCAGAGGGUAAAUAAGUGGCGCCUUAAGAUAAACCCUGUAGCAGCAGCAGUGGCGGUCAGAAGAGGCUGCUGGAGGCGGCAGCAGCUGUAGGAGUCUGGGGCGAUUGGAGUGACCGACGCUAAGGCAUUUCAGUGCCUCUCGUGUUCUUAUUUUUUAACCUCUGACUAUGCAAUUCUGAAACCUCCCCCAUUCGGGGGACCAGACAGCCCGAUAGAUACCUACCACUCUCCUCCCGCCCUGGUCUCAAAGAACGGAAGAUCUCUCCCUAACGCCUUUCACCAUUAAGAGGAAAGCGAUGGAGGAGCUGAGCGCUGAUGAGAUCCGACGGAGGCGCCUUGCACGACUUGCUGGUGGACAGACCUCCCAGCCUACCACCCCUCUCACUUCUCCCCAGCGAGAGAACCCCCCCGGGCCUCCUAUAGCAGCAUCAGCUCCAGGCCCCUCCCAGAGCCUUGGUCUCAACGUCCACAACAUGACCCCCGCUACCUCCCCCAUUGGUGCAUCAGGAGUAGCCCAUCGAAGCCAGAGCAGUGAGGGAGUCAGUUCUCUCAGCAGCUCGCCCUCCAAUAGCCUUGAAACGCAGUCCCAGUCUCUCUCACGUUCCCAGAGCAUGGAUAUCGAUGGAGUCUCUUGUGAGAAAAGCAUGUCCCAGGUGGAUGUGGAUUCAGGAAUCGAAAAUAUGGAGGUUGAUGAAAAUGACCGAAGAGAAAAAAGGAGCCUCGGUGAUAAGGAGCCUUCAUCAGGUUCUGAAGUGUCUGAAGAGCAGGCCUUACAGCUGGUCUGUAAGAUUUUCCGUGUCUCCUGGAAGGACCGGGACAGGGAUGUGAUCUUCCUUUCUUCUCUUUCUGCACAGUUUAAGCAGAACCCAAAAGAAGUGUUCUCUGAUUUUAAGGACUUGAUUGGCCAGAUUUUAAUGGAAGUGCUAAUGAUGUCAACUCAGACCAGAGAUGAAAACCCAUUUGCCAGCCUGACAGCCACCUCCCAGCCAAUUGCAGCGACAGCUCGGUCACCAGACAGAAACCUCAUGCUGACCACCGGCUCCAACCCAGGAACGAGCCCCAUGUUCUGCAACCUGGGUUCCUUCGGGGCCAGUUCUUUGUCUAGCCUCUAUGAGACUAGCCCAGCUCCCAAUACCAGUGUCUGGAGCUCUGUGCCAAUGAUGAGUCCGCCUCUGGCCUCCCCCUCCCGGGCAGCCAGCCAGGCGACUACGCCUCCCGCUUCUUCCCUCUGUCCUCCUGGUGCUGCGGGGACGCCUGCGGGAAGCCAGCCCUCGUCUCCGCGGUACCGGCCCUACACUAUCACCCACCCCUCGGGGUCUACAUCUUCUCCUGCCUCGCGAUCCUCGGGCACCUCCAUCCUGUCUAGCUCCCCAGGCUUGUACGCCCCGGCCAGUAGCCCUCAAGCCGUGCCCACCAGCUCCUCCCGACAGAGGCCCCCUGGCACAGGACCACCUUUACUCUCCGCCUCCCCCGGUGGGAGUGCCCCCAGCAGACGGCCCUCCUCCCUAAGGAACUCUCCUAGUAUGUACGACAGUCCUUUCUCCUUCCUCUUCCUCGCACUUUCUGGGGACAGUAGUGACGAAGAUGAAGAAGAUGAUGAUGAUGAUGGUGAUGAUGAAGGUGGUGGUGGUGGUGAUGAGUUUUCUUGUGUCCAGUUUGGGUCCAGUCUGGGAGCCUCUGGUGGGGCAAGUACUUGGGAUUCCUACAGCGACCAUUUCACCAUUGAAACGUGCAAGGAGACAGACAUGCUGAACUACCUCAUCGAGUGUUUUGACCGAGUUGGAAUAGAGGAAAAAAAAGCACCAAAGAUGUGCAGCCAGCCAGCAGUCAGCCAGCUUCUGAGCAACAUCCGCUCACAGUGCAUAUCCCACACUGCAUUAGUACUCCAGGGGUCCCUCACACAGCCAAGGUCCCUGCAGCAGCCGUCCUUCCUAGUGCCGUACAUGUUGUGUAGGAACCUACCAUAUGGCUUCAUCCAGGAGCUGGUGAGAACCACUCACCAGGAUGAAGAAGUGUUCAAGCAGAUCUUUAUCCCCAUUUUACAAGGCCUGGCUCUUGCUGCCAAAGAGUGCUCCCUCGAUAGUGACUACUUUAAAUACCCCCUCAUGGCUUUAGGUGAGCUCUGUGAAACCAAGUUUGGAAAGACACACCCUGUGUGCAAUUUGGUCGCUUCUUUGCCGUUGUGGUUGCCUAAGUCUUUAAGCCCUGGCUCUGGGCGGGAGCUGCAGAGACUCUCAUACUUGGGGGCUUUCUUCAGCUUCUCCGUCUUUGCAGAAGAUGAUGCAAAAGUGGUGGAAAAAUAUUUCUCAGGGCCCGCCAUUACCCUGGAAAACACUCGAGUGGUGAGCCAGUCUCUGCAGCAUUACUUGGAGCUGGGAAGGCAAGAGCUUUUCAAGAUCCUGCAUAGUAUCUUGUUAAAUGGGGAAACCCGUGAGGCCGCUCUUAGUUACAUGGCAGCUGUCGUCAAUGCCAAUAUGAAGAAAGCACAGAUGCAGACAGACGAUAGGUUGGUGUCAACGGACGGAUUCAUGCUGAAUUUCCUUUGGGUACUGCAGCAACUUAGUACAAAGAUCAAGUUAGAGACAGUCGACCCCACGUACAUAUUCCACCCAAGGUGUCGGAUCACGCUUCCCAACGACGAGACCAGAGUGAAUGCGACGAUGGAAGAUGUGAAUGACUGGCUGACUGAACUUUAUGGAGAUCAGCCUCCAUUUUCUGAGCCGAAAUUCCCUACGGAAUGCUUCUUUCUCACCCUGCACGCCCACCACCUCUCAAUUCUGCCCAGCUGCCGUCGCUACAUCCGCAGACUGCGGGCCAUCCGGGAGCUCAAUAGAACUGUGGAAGAUCUGAAAAAUAAUGAAAGCCAAUGGAAAGACUCCCCACUGGCAACCAGACACCGUGAGAUGCUGAAACGCUGCAAAACCCAGCUUAAGAAACUGGUACGAUGCAAGGCCUGUGCUGAUGCUGGCUUGCUUGAUGAGAGCUUUCUGAGAAGAUGUCUGAACUUCUACGGCCUUCUCAUUCAGCUGCUGCUCCGCCUCCUGGACCCUGCCUACCCGGAUGUAACACUGCCUUUAAAUUCAGAUGUCCCCAAGGUAUUUGCAGCAUUGCCUGAGUUUUAUGUAGAAGAUAUUGCUGAAUUUUUAUUUUUUAUUGUACAAUACUCUCCUCAGGUGCUUUACGAGCCCUGCACUCAGGAUAUUGUGAUGUUCCUCGUCGUGAUGUUGUGUAACCAGAACUACAUCCGAAAUCCGUAUCUGGUGGCCAAACUGGUAGAAGUCAUGUUCAUGACCAACCCUGCUGUUCAGCCAAGGACCCAGAAGUUUUUUGAAAUGAUCGAGAACCAUCCCCUCUCCACCAAGUUGUUGGUCCCUUCCCUGAUGAAGUUUUAUACAGACGUUGAGCACACCGGCGCCACCAGUGAGUUCUAUGACAAGUUCACCAUUCGCUAUCACAUCAGCACCAUCUUUAAAAGCCUUUGGCAGAACAUAGCUCACCAUGGCACCUUUAUGGAGGAGUUCAAUUCUGGGAAGCAGUUUGUCCGCUAUAUAAACAUGCUGAUAAACGACACGACGUUCUUGCUCGAUGAGAGUCUGGAGUCUCUGAAGCGGAUCCACGAAGUGCAGGAAGAGAUGAAGAACAAAGAACAGUGGGACCAGCUGCCCCGGGAUCAGCAGCAGGCUCGCCAGUCCCAGCUCGCUCAGGAUGAGCGCGUUUCACGCUCCUAUCUUGCCCUGGCGACAGAGACCGUGGACAUGUUCCAUAUCCUCACCAAGCAGGUCCAGAAGCCAUUCCUGAGACCCGAACUUGGACCCCGAUUGGCCGCGAUGCUGAACUUCAAUCUUCAGCAACUCUGUGGCCCGAAGUGCCGUGACCUGAAAGUUGAAAACCCCGAGAAAUAUGGCUUUGAACCAAAGAAGCUGUUGGACCAACUGACCGAUAUUUACUUGCAGCUGGACUGUGCCCGGUUCGCGAAAGCCAUCGCUGACGACCAGAGAUCCUACAGCAAAGAGUUGUUUGAAGAAGUUAUUUCAAAAAUGCGGAAGGCGGGAAUCAAAUCCACCAUAGCGAUAGAGAAAUUUAAGCUUCUGGCCGAGAAAGUAGAGGAGAUUGUGGCUAAGAAUGCACGUGCAGAAAUUGACUACAGUGACGCCCCAGACGAGUUCAGAGACCCUCUAAUGGACACCCUGAUGACUGACCCCGUGCGACUGCCCUCCGGCACCAUCAUGGACCGCUCCAUCAUCCUGCGGCACUUGCUGAACUCUCCCACGGACCCCUUCAACCGACAGACGCUGACGGAGAACAUGCUGGAACCAGUGCCAGAACUGAAAGAACAGAUUCACGCCUGGAUGAGAGAGAAACAGAACAGUGAUCACUAAACCACCCUGCCUGCCCACCUUCUGCUGGAAACAGCCAGGGCCAGCGAGGCAAACCAGAGUGAUGGUGCACAUGCUGUUCAAACAUUGGAGGCAAAAUACACCACAAGCCCACCCAGAGUGACCAAAUGGUGGAGACCUGAAAGGACGUGAACAAGAGGAGGAACCCAAUUCCUGUACAUAUAUUUAAGUGACAAACGUGAUCAAAAGCUUGAAGGACACAUUUGAUGAUUGCUUGUGUAAUAGAGCACGUCCUUCAUAUGUCAGAAUUUGGGGCUUUUGCAGCAGAAGUCUUUUAGUGAUUGAUGAGACGGAUGGGUCUGGGCAGCAUCCCUUUCAUCUUCCCCCACCCCACCCCCAAUCCAAUAUCCGUUGAUUUUGAUUGUGAUUAGAGAACCUUGGACAUUUUGCUGCUAAAGAAUCUCCCCCCUCCUACCCUCUUCCUGAUCCUACUUGCACUGCUGUGGAUUUUUUUUUUUAAGUGAAGCAAAAACAAAAAUAAACUCCUUUCCUUGGCCCUCCAAACAUAUAUUCUGUGAGAUAACUGUGCCUGCAACAAGUGUUAAUCCCGGGAUCGUAUUUUUAUAUCAUAUUCACGUAUUUGUUUUUUUUAAUUGGUGUUAGAUGACAUGAUUAAUAAAAGAGGCAAGAUAUUUUCAGAAUUUGAAUUUUAGUUUUUAUUUUUUUUUCUUUUGAAAUGUCCCAUAAUUUUUUUUUUUAAUUAUUCUAAACAAAAUGAAGAGUAUCUUAUUGUGCUGGUCCUUGUAGUAAGCCCACUAUCAGGAAUCUGAGGAACAGCUGCAGCAAAAGAAGCAUUUAAGUGUAUCAGGAUUUCAUGUCUUACGGUUUGGGUGUUGGGGGUUUGGGGUUUUCUUUUAAUGCUCUGUGACAUUUUAAAAUCUUUACAGUUAUUCUGUGAGGGUAAAUAAGUUCCUCAACCCUUGAGUCUCUGAGUUCAACGCAGGAUUGUUUGUAUGGAUGUGUCCUGUGGGGCUUGGCCUUACCAAAGCAAAAAAGGGUGCGAGAAAUGUAGAAGUAUGUCUGCUUGUAAAACACACACACACACACACACGCACAUAAACAUAAAAGACUUUUUGUAUUACUGCUCCCCACUUACCAUACUUGAAUUCUUGAAUUUCUUUUGGGGUAAAAGAGGAUUUUGAAACCAUAAAGUGUUUUGGAAAAAAUGAAUUCUACAAAAACAUACUUUCUUUUCCUUUUUCUCCCCCUGCCACUCCACAGACAAUGUCCUCUGUUCAAUUCCUAACGCAAACUACAAUAAAUGGUGAUACACAUUCAGAAGGAA